AUGAAGAUCACCGCCAACAUCCUCGCCGUCGCCCUGACCCUCGGUCUCGCAACCGCCACCCUCUCUCCCGCUCUCUCCAACACCAAAGGCAAAUACCCAAAGUCACCCUCUUGUAGCCCCGCAAAGACCAGCAAUGCCAUCCAAGCCGCCGAGUGCAGCCACAACACAAGAACCUCCAAGACCCAAACCUUUGCCGUGUUCAAGGUUGACCACCAAUAUGAUGCCAACCAUGGUGCUCCCUAUGGUACCUGUGUGGCUUACACUUGCACUGCACCUACUGAUGGGCAGUUGAGCUCUGACUCUGAUUACUGGACCUUCUUCUGGAAUGACAAUGGCGAGAGCAGUGGUGAGGGUGCUGGGUGUAUCAAGGAUCCUCAGACUGGUGUUUGUGGAUGUGAGAACUCGGAUGGACAGUUUGUUUCUGGGUCUAGCAGCUGCACGUAG